AUGGAAGCAGUUAAGACGCUCAGUGAACUACGAGUUCCUCGAGAGUUGGCCGGAGCCAAUCUGGCUGAUCAAAUGAUGAUGCUGCGAAUAAACGGUGAAUCAGAGGCGAAAAAUAACAGAUCAGUCUGUGGAUGUCCGGUUGUCCCGAUGCAGGAGGUCAAAGUCAAGCCAGGGCAAUGCAGCUGUUCAACGCAUCACCAUGUGAUGAACCAGCAUGACGCGGGGAUUCCACGCACCAGCUGGACACCGUUCAGUGCUGAUGUGCGCAGUCAAGUUCCCCCCUCGACGACUCAUCCAAGCGCUGAUGUUGCGUUGGCACAGACUACAACCUAG